CUUCUUUCUAAAAGACUCUUAACUGACAAGAAAAUUCCUUUAAACUUCUCAAAAGGUCCACUUUUCUCUCCAUUUCUUGAACAGCGUACACACAGUUUCCCGGAAAAGCCAGCAAGCAAUCUAACAUGGGUGGAGGAGGUGGGCCUACUACCCCUCUCACUUUCAAUCCUGAUGAGGGUUCCUCAGUGCACCACCAAGAUGUUAUGCAACUUUAUCAUCCCAGUGGGAAACAUGAUGUUGAGAGGGUGAAUGAAGAGUAUGGUUUGGCUUUUGGAGAAUUUGAGGAAGUGGGCUGUAGAGUACUUUCCCCAACUUCUUUGGAAGUUGAAGCUAAUCAGAGGAAGAAAUGGAAAGCUUUUAAGGAAUUGUUGCAGAGCUAUGAUCAGUUACGCAGUAGAGCUGAGAGCUUGGAUGAGGCUAAAAGCAAGAUCUUGAGUUAUACACCUGGAGGUUGGAAGGAGAAGGUUGGUGGCAUGAAAUUGAGUGAUUAUAAUGUGCCAAAAACAACUACUCUCUUGUUGGUCGGUCCCAGGGGAUCUGGGAAAAGCAGUCUAGUUAAUAGAAUAUCAAAGGUGUUUGAUGAUGAUAAGUUCGCGCCUGAAAGAGCACAAGUAUCGUAUAACCCUUCUGCUGGAGAAGGAACCUACUUUCUUCAGGAGUAUAUGAUCCCCGGAUGCUCAACUUCUUUCUGUCUUUAUGACACCCGUGGUUUCUUUGAUAACUCCUAUGAUAACAUUGAAAUGUUAAAAUAUUGGAUGACAAGAGGUGUUUGUCAUGGGGAACUCACUGUUAGGAAAUGCGAUGAUUCAAGUUUAAGGACAAGAAUGAAGUGCAAAGUGCGUUAUAAUGGUAGUCAAUCCAAAAAGAAUAGGACAGUCAACUUUGUAAUUUUUGUUGUUAAUGGGCUUGCAGUUCUGAAAUCUAUGGGCAGUGAAGUUGAAAAAGGAAAUCAAUAUACAGACAUGAUUGCUUCAGCUUUCAACUGCCCAUACGCAUCAUUUAAAGAUGACAAACCUGUGGUUGUUGUCACACAUGGUGAUCUACUUUCACUUUCUGACCGAACUCGCAUACGCGUCCAUUUGGGAGAGCUGCUAGGGAUCCCACCUGCAAAACAAAUUUUUGAUAUUCCAGAAAGUUGUGAUCCUGUGACUGAGUUGACAAUUAUUGACAUGCUGCGUUAUUCCCUUGAGCAUGCUGAUAACAACCUCCCUCAGGACACAGUAGCAGAAAAGUGACGCAUUUAAUCAUGUCUGGUGCUUGGAGUAGAAAGAAUUCAUAGUGAUAAAACCACUUUUGGAAGUGGGUAAACAAUUUUGAGGAUGAGGAUUGUUUUGCUCUCCUCAAGAUGAGAUUUUAUGUGGCAUUUGCAGAUUAAUUCAAUUACAUUAAUGCAAUGGAGUAUCAUUAAGAGAAUCUUUAUCAUUCUGCAUAUGAAAUGUAUGGACAUGAUGCUUCACUCGUUUGAUGGAUGAUCUUUCUCUGCAACUGAGUGAUAGGUUAUGUAGCUUAUCCAUCAACCUUAAAACGCGGGCUGAAUAUAAUAUAAUAAAUUGCUUGCAGGUCCACAGAGUUAUAGGAUCUCUAUAUGCUUGUGUUCAUCUCUUCAUAAUGCUUGGGAUAGCCAUUCUAUCAAUCAACAUACAACAGAUGCACCGUGAGCCCGAACAAGAUCAUGUAGCUUGGAGUUCUAUUAGGCACCUGUGGUUAGAGUAGAAUUAUAUAAACCCGCUUGAAAUAUGAUUGUUCUUGUAUAUGUGGCUUUAAAUGAAGAAUACUUUACUGAGCAGAUGCUAAUUAUCCUGCACAAGACGAUAAUAAAUAUGCAGUAACAGCAUGUUUAUACC